ACAGACUCAACACACAUACGAACACAUACAGCACACACUCUGAUACACAUGAGUGUGUGCGCGCACAUACACUUGCUUGCACACACCCUCUUGCGUGUGUUGAUUUAUGGAAACAAUUAUGAUUCUGUUGCAGUCUCUACCGAGCAAGGAAAGUUUGUAGCUACAGUAGAGUCUCAUGUUGCAAAAGGCAGACAACAGAAAUGGAAUACUUGUGUGUCCAGCUGUUAUCAAGAGGAGCAACGCAAGUGGUGAAUUCAAGUAGCAAAGGAAGUCACAGCAGCCAACAUUUUUGCAACCUGUUUCUUUAAAGGAUACCCUGGCAGAAAGAAGACUGAAGGGGAAACUCUCUUGUGAUACCUGUAUCUUAACAACAAAGUGUGGAUCAGAGUUCUGGAUGCAGGAGCAGCAGUUGCUUAAACACAAUUCACGGGAAGGCAGAGGGACAGGUCAAUGACCAAGGAGCAACCGUCUACUGAAGACUGAUUCUUUUUCAUUAUGUUGUUCAUGGGCACCCAGAACACUGCACUAUAAUGCACAAAUGGAUAUUGUCAUGGAUCCUGCCAACUCUGCUCUACAGAUCAUACUUUUACAUUAUCUUCCUGGUGAGCGCUAUAUCGUUCGCUUGCAAUGACAUGACCCCAGAGCAAAUGGCUACAAAUGUGAACUGUUCCACCCCUGAGCGACAUACCAGAAGUUAUGAUUAUAUGGAAGGGGGGAAUGUCAGAGUGAGAAGACUUUUCUGUCGAACUCAGUGGUAUAUCAAGAUUGAUAAGAGAGGCAAAAUAAAAGGCGUCCUGGAGCGGAACAGUAAUUACACUAUUCUUGAAAUAAGAACAGUGGCAGUUGGAAUAGUGGCAAUCAAGGGAGUGGCAAGUGAAUACUUUCUGGCCAUGAACAAGUCUGGGAAACUCUACGGAAAGAAAGUGUGCAAUGAGGACUGCAAUUUCAUAGAACUGAUUGAAGAAAACCAUUACAAUACAUACGCUUCAGCAAAUUGGACACAGAAAGGGAAGGAGAUGUAUAUUGCAUUGAAACAGAACGGUGCUCCUAAAAGAGGUUCAAAAACAAGUAAGGAAGACGUAUCUUCUCAUUUUCUUCCAUUUGCAGUAUCCUAAUCAUGCAUUGCCUGUGGAGAACCAGUUCCAGCAAAAAUGUUUUCAUUUUUAAAAAGGGGACGGUUUGAACGUGCAAGAUGGAGAAGCUGGAAUACUACUGAAACACUGAACAAGCUGGACUUGCGCAUUUAUGUUUAUUUCUAAGAGACUGCCUUUUAAGAAAAAAAAAUUGAAAAUAUACACAAAAUCAGAUUUUAGUAACUAAAAGUUGUAAAAAAUUGUAAAGAGUUGUACAAUCCUUAUGUUAGUAUAAGAGUAGCAUUGCGGAUUCUUAAGUUAAAUUUACUCUUUAAUUAAGCGUUUAAGUCAUGACUUGAUUAUCUGACAAUAUUUUUUUAUUUAAAAUAAACCUAUCUGCUUAAUUAAACAUGGCUGCUAUAAUAAUAAUAAUAAAGCAGAUGAAAAAUGUUUGUGUAAAAUACAUUUGGUCUUGAAGGCUGCUGGGAUGAUUCUGCAGAUUAUUGUUGGUACUCUUUGUAGAGGCUGAGCAGUAUUAAGUACUACCCAGGAAAAAGUGUGUGUUUGAAAAACAAAAAGAGAACAUUGGAUCACUGUGGUAUUCAGACAAUAAAGCUAGUGUGGAAGAUAGAGGUUGCACCAUUGCAAAACGUUCACAUGUAUUAGCUCAAAUACCUAAUGCUGCUCUGAUGAAAGAUGUUGCAAAAUAGUGUAUAUAAAAUAAUAUUAAUAAGGGAAAUGUACUUCAUCUCACUUUCCUCAAAAUAUCCUUUUAUAUAACGACGAAGUAAAA